AUGCCGUCACCGUCAACGCCAAUAACGUCGUCGUAUUGGUGUUACAGCUGCACACGAUUCGUCAGCGUCUGGACCGAAUCCCAACAAACCACCACCGUCACCAUCUCAUGCCCUCACUGCGACGGCGGAUUCAUCGAAGCGAUCACCCAUCCCUCCUCCUCCUCCUCCGCCGCAACCGAAUCAACUCCUCCACCCUCCACCGAACCCAGACCGAUCACCACCAACCGUAGAUCCAUAAUCAGACGCCGGAGAUCCAAUCGCCACCCUUCCUUCAACCCCGUCAUCGUCCUCCAAGGCGGCGCCGGCGCCGACGUUAGAGAAGAAACUCGCGCGUUCGAGUUUUACUACGACGACGGAUCUGGACUAGGCCUCAGGCCUCUUCCGGACUCCGUAUCCGAGAUCCUGAUGGGAUCCGGAUUCGAGCGGUUGCUCGAGCAGUUAAGCCAGAUCGAUUCCGCGGCGGGGAUCGGAUUCGGUAGAUCCGGAAACCCGCCCGCGUCGAAAUCGGCGAUUGAGUCUUUACCGAGAGUUAAAAUAUCCGAUUGCCACGUAGGCAAGGAGGAGGAGGUUAAUUGCGCUGUGUGCACUGAGGUUUUCGAGGUGGAGAAUGAGGCGCGUGAGAUGCCGUGUAAGCAUGUUUUCCACGAGGACUGUAUCGUUCCGUGGUUGGAGAUUAGAAACUCGUGUCCUGUGUGCCGUUUCGAGAUUCCUUCGGAGGGUGAUAGAGGGAACGAGGAGGGUGGUGAUAGCCCUGUUGGGAUGACGAUAUGGAGACUACCUGGAGGUGGAUUUGCGGUGGGGAGGUUUAAUGCGGCGAUGAGGGAAGGGGAGAGAGUGUUGCCGGUUGUGUUGACGGAGAUGGAUGGUGGUGGGCUUGGUGGGAAUAGUGAUGGGCCUAGAAGGAUCUCGUGGGUUAGAGCUAAUGGGACAGUUGGAUCGGGAUCUGUUGGUAAUAACGGCUCUGGUUCGGGAGGGAGGUUGAGACGGAUGGUUCGUGGAGUUGUGUCGUUGAUUAGGAGAGUGAGACCAAACCGUGGUGUUUCGUCUUCUUCUUCGAAUCAUUUGGAUUUGGAUAGUGGAGUGGAGACUAGGGUUAUGGAUCGGUCGAAUUCGGUGUUGAGGAGAUAUUUUGGGCGAAACAGAAGUAACAGAGAUUCUUCUGUUCUGAAUUGAUGAUUGUUAUGUCUUUAUUUUUUUUUGUUUUUUUUUCAUCAUUCAACAAUGUAAAUAUAAGAUUAUUCAGAAGAAAAUCUGGAUUAUUGAUUAUUUUGUUUGUUACAUUACAUCAAAAUGUCUAAUGUACAUUCGAGUUUUCAUCAUUUUCUUUAAGUUGGAGCCAGAUCCUGGAAACUUUUCCAGAGCUUUUGUCUGCCUUGGUUUCCGAGAAAGUAAAAAGAAUGAUUGUCCUUUAAGCUUUUCUUUUUGCUUGGAUGCUGAGAUAGAGAGGGCCUAGUUGAGAAAGAUAUGCACAGAAAAAGAAAAAGAGUCACGAGGAAUGAUAGAA